CUCCUGGGGAGGCUGUCGCUUACAACGCUCUGGAGCAGAAACUCGACGCUCACGGAUACGAUUUAAAACAUAAACCCACUGUAAAUGGGUUUAUCACAACACCAGACAUUUCUUUCGCGAAUUCUGUUGACAUCUCCAGUCUGUUUUGGAUGGAUAAUAUCGUCCACGUCUCACCUAGAAGCCUUCCGACGCCCCGUCAGCAGCGGUAGCCAUUGCUUGAUCGCUGACGCUGGAGCUGAUGCAUGAACUGUUACCUGACCUCUGCAUGCUCUGUCUCCAUGUGAACCUCGACAGAACAGCGUGAUCUGACUCUGCAAUGGCAGUCUUUAGUCACCAGGUGCUCCUGGCAGUCACCAGAUCAAGAGGAUCGUACUUGUUGUCCAAGAGGCACAGCUGCUCCCCUCUGUCCUCUAGAGCGUAUCUGUGCGUAGACGCUCCCCGCCACGCCUCGUCUUCGUUUCCUCCCAGACACUCCCGCUACGGCCACCAUCACUGCGCCCACUCCCUCAGCCGUGGCGACGGCUCCGUCCUGCUCGCUCGGGCUCUGCACAGCUCCGCCGUUUGGCUCCAGGAUGUGAAGCAGGACGACACCAAAACGUCUCCAGCUGCUUCUCAGGACGGGGAGAAAAAAGACUCUGCUGCUGCUGCUCCUACCAUGGUAACGGACUCUCAGCCGCCGUCAGCUCCAGCAGCGGCGGUUCCUCCAGCCCAGGAAAGGGCGAUGGUGAAAAAGUCUCUGUAUCAGAGAAUCGUUGACGAGUUGAAGCAUUACUACAACGGCUUCAGGUUGCUGGGAAUCGACACAAAGAUCGCUGGGAGGACUGUGUGGAUUCUGCUGCACGGACAGGCCCUGACGCGCAGGGAGAGGCGGAGGCUGAUGAGGACCUGCGCCGACCUCUUCCGCCUCGUUCCCUUCAUGGUGUUCAUCAUCGUUCCUUUUAUGGAGUUCCUGCUUCCUGUCUUCCUCAAGCUGUUUCCAGAAAUGCUGCCAUCGACCUUUGAGACGGAGUCUAAAAAGGAGGAGAAGCAGAAGAAGGGUUUGGCUGCGAAGCUGGAGUUGGCCAAGUUCCUCCAGGAAACCAUCGCUGAAAUGGCCCGAAGGAACAAAGCUAAAGCCCAGAUUGAGGAUGAGACCCAGAGAUUCUCCAAAUACGUUCAGAAGGUUCGGGGAACGGGCGAGCAGCCGUCCACGAAGGAGAUCGUCCGCUUCUCAAAGCUGUUUGAAGACGAGCUGACGCUGGAGCACCUGGAGCGCCCCCAGCUGGUGGCUCUGUGCAAACUGCUGGAGCUGCAGCCCAUCGGCACCAACAACCUGCUGCGCUUCCAGCUGAUGAUGAAACUGAGAGCCAUCAAGUCGGACGACGAGAUGAUCUCGGCGGAGGGCGUGGCGGCCAUGAGCGUGUCGGAGCUGCAGGCGGCGUGUCGCAGUCGUGGGAUGCGUUCUCUGGGUCUCACCAGCGAUCAGCUCCGCCAGCAGCUGCAGCAGUGGCUCGACCUCCACCUGAAGGAGAACGUUCCUCCGUCGCUGCUGCUGCUCUCCAGAGCCAUGUACCUGACCGACCUGAAGCCAAAGCCGCCCGUCAUCCCGCCGGUUCCCAAGCUGGAGAAAGCUGCUUCUUCUCCUGCAGAAAACCCAGCAGCAAACCCGACUGCUACUGGGUCAGAGCGACUGGCGGACCCGGCAGUCAUCAUCAAAGACAGACCGGUGGAGGAGCUGCGGGACAAAGCCCCCGUGGUUCUGGACAAACCGUUAACUCCUGCUGAGGUUCUUCAGGCUAAAGCGGCGACCGAAGUGUCCCAGAAGAGCAAGAUGAGCGCCAACGGCGUGUGAAGAGGAGCAGCUGUGAUGAAGCUGGAGGACCCGGGUUCAUGUCCGGGACUGUCUUGGCCCCGAUCCGGGACAGUCUUGGCCCCGAUCCGGGACAGUCUGGGCCCCGAUCCGGGACAGUCUGGGCCCCGAUCCGGGACAGUGUGGGCCCCGAUCCGGGACAGUCUGGGACCUAAUUGUUGCUUCGCCUCCAUGUUCACCACGUUGACCCCUACUAACUUCGUCGUUGACCUCGUAUCUGGUCGAGGCGUUCAGAUCCGUUCAGACUCGUCUCUGUCCUUCUUUAGCUCUGAAAUCCCGUUUCCGUUCCCCUUCUUCCUCUGUGUGUAAAUUUGUAAAUAUUAUAUAUAUUUUCCUCCUGCGCCGGAGAAGCAGCAGCAGCUCUGUACAGUUUGCUAUGCAAAGGCUCGCGCACUUUGACUCCUAUCAGGUUGGUUUUAUUUGCUGAUGGUUUUAAAAACUCCCCAGAAAAACUUUGCUGAACCCACAUUCAGUUUUCUGUUCUUAUUGUCCAAAAUGAGGAUUAUAUUCAGCAGAAAUUUAUGAAAUUACACCCAGAAUGUCAGGAAUCAAAUGUUUCUAUGUUGGGGGGGAAAUGUAGUUUUUAUGUGAAUCAGCAAAUGAAGACAUAGAGUUUCACUCCUGAAUAUUUGACUGGUAUCAGUCUGUACUAGUAAACCACUGACAGGACAAUCUGUACAAACACGUACAGAUAAAUAUAUAAAUAUAUUUUUUGCAUAUUUGUUUUGCUUUGAACACUAGAGCUAGAGCUAAAAAGAGAAUAUUCUUGAUGUUGCUCAUAUAUUUGGGAAUAGUUUUAUCAUGGCAGUAGCAGGUAAAUAGUGUACAGAUGGAUUUUCCCUCCUUCAGUCAUUAUCAUUUUUUAAAUUUUUAUUUUGACCCCAUCUUUGUUCUGCACAAAUCCUGAAAUUAAUGCAUAAUAAUCAUAAUCUCUGUUCUGUUUAUCCAAGAAAUUUAAAGUUAUUUGGUUGCAGGGCUUAUAAAUACAAGCUGAUGUUUUUUCUUUAUACCAUUUCUAAUUGUAAUCUUGGUUUUUUCCAUUUUAUAUAGAAGAAAUUACAGAAAAUAUUUUCAAAAAGUGUCUUUUACUUUGAUCAUCCAUUCUGAGAUGUUUUAAGACUCCGGCUACAAGAAUAUUUAAUUAUGAGAAUAAAGUCAGAAUAUCAGUAAAAUAAAGAUGCACUUUACCAGAAAAUCUCUUAAAAAUAAAUGUUUAAGAUCUGAUGUGAUCGCCUCGGUUCACGCAGUUUAUUUUUUUUGUUGUUUGCACUGAUGAUAAUCUGAUGUGUUUAAAAGAUUAUAAAACUUCACAAAAAACUGCGCUAACAGGCCAGUGUUUCAAACCUUGAAAAAGAGUUGGAGUUCUUAUAAAACUACGACUUUAUUCUCGUAAUUUAAAAUAAUCUCAGUUCUAACAUUUUGUCAUAGCAUUGAUCUGAAUUCAAAUAAAUAGAAGCUGUGAAACAAGAUGGCUGCCUUCGGCCACUGACAUCACUGAUAUUCGGAAACCCAUUAGUGUAAAAAAAAAAAAAGGAUUUGAUUAAGUGACAAAAUGUAUGGAUCUUGAUUGCCCAGCCCUAGAUAAUCCAUAUGAAUCCCUGCUGUGUUAAUCAUUGGUUUGAUAUUGAAAGAGUUCUUUUUUUUUAACUCUGUGAAACGUGACAAAAGCAUAAACAUACUGUAGCUGCUUUGCUGUGUGUGCGCUCUGCUGCCAGAUUUAAAACCCAACAUUUCCCCCUGAACAGUGACUUAAUCUCUGGAUCUCUCGCUCAGAUGGGAUUAGGAGAAUUGCAGCUCCAUGUUUAACGAUGAAGAGCGAAGAUGAGACUAAAGCAGCAACUACACCAGAUUUGAUAUUGAACCAAACCUGCAGCGUUUCUUAUUCUCGAUGCCUUUUUCUACUUGUCGUUUUGUUUUAUUUCUGUUUUCUUCAUCAAGCCGCCAUCAUCUGUCUGGAAAUGUUGGCUCAGAAAUGAAACUGUGGUCCAGAUUAUCCAACAUCAAUCUCCCAAAACGACGAAACAGAAUCCAUGAAAUUAAAGAAAUGAUCCAAUCCUUUACAA